UCUGCUGCCGCCACGGCGGCCGCUGCUGCCGCCGCCGCCGCCGCCGCCGCUUGGAUAUAGUGCGGCAAGGAGCGGAGCUUGCAGUCACUUUGCGAGGAGGAGCGCGCGGGCUGCGGGCGGCUGGGGCUCCCCGGGAGUGGCGCCGGCUCUAGCGGAGGCGGCCGUGGAAGCGGAAGGUUCUCGCUCCGGGGCUGGACUUAAUAACUUUGGAAGUGUCCACCGGUGUCACGUCCUGAACAUGAGCCUCCUCCUCUCCUUCUACCUGCUCGGGUUGCUUGUCAGUGGCGGGCAAGCUCUUCUUCAAGUGACAAUUUCACUUAGCAAAGUAGAGCUUAGUGUGGGUGAAUCUAAAUUCUUCACAUGUACAGCAAUUGGUGAACCUGAGAGUAUAGAUUGGUAUAACCCUCAAGGAGAGAAGAUCAUUUCAACACAGAGGGUAGUGGUGCAAAAGGAAGGUGUUAGGUCACGAUUAACCAUCUACAACGCAAAUAUAGAAGAUGCAGGGAUAUAUCGUUGUCAAGCAACAGAUGCCAAAGGACAGACACAAGAAGCAACAGUCGUUUUGGAAAUUUACCAAAAGCUCACUUUCAGAGAAGUGGUAUCACCUCAAGAAUUCAAACAAGGAGAGGAUGCAGAAGUGGUUUGUCGUGUUAGCAGCUCCCCUGCACCUGUCGUCAGCUGGCUGUAUCACAAUGAGGAAGUCACCGCUAUUUCCGACAAUCGGUUUGCCAUGUUAGCCAACAAUAAUCUGCAGAUUCUGAACAUCAAUAAAAGUGAUGAAGGUAUAUACAGAUGCGAAGGACGAGUGGAGGCAAGGGGAGAAAUUGAUUUCCGUGAUAUCAUCGUUAUUGUUAAUGUGCCUCCAGCAAUCACAAUGCCGCAGAAAUCCUUUAAUGCCACUGCCGAGAGAGGAGAGGAGAUGACAUUGUCCUGCAGGGCCUCGGGCUCGCCUGAGCCUACCAUCUCCUGGUACAGGAAUGGCAAGCUCAUUGAAGAAAAUGAAAAGUACACAUUGAAAGGAAGUAAUACAGAACUCACUGUCAGGAACAUAAUCAAUAGUGAUGGGGGCCCUUAUGUCUGCAGGGCUACCAAUAAGGCAGGAGAAGAUGAAAAGCAGGCAUUCCUCCAAGUCUUUGUGCAGCCUCACAUAAUACAGCUUAAAAAUGAGACGACACAUGAGAACGGUCAAGUCACACUCGUGUGUGAAGCAGAAGGAGAGCCUCUUCCAGAAAUCACUUGGAAAAGAGCAAUGGACGGCAUCACAUUUUCCGAAGGUGAUAAGAGCCCAGACGGCCGUGUGGAAGUCAAAGGGCAGCGUGGACGCUCAUCCCUGAGCAUCACGGACGUGAAGUUGUCGGACUCAGGGAGAUACGACUGUGAAGCUGCAAGUAGAAUCGGAGGGCACCAAAAGAGCAUGUACCUUGACAUUGAAUACGCUCCCAAGUUCAUGUCAAACCAAACAAUUUAUUACUCUUGGGAAGGAAAUCCAAUCAAUAUAAGCUGUGAUGUGAAAUCAAAUCCACCAGCAUCAGUCCAUUGGAGAAGAGAGAAAUUAGUCUUACCAGCUAAAAACACCACUAAUUUAAAGACAUAUAGUGCAGGGAGAAAGAUGAUUUUAGAGAUUGCACCUACAUCUGACAAUGACUUUGGACGAUAUAAUUGCACAGCCACUAACCGUAUAGGGACAAGAUUUCAAGAAUAUAUACUUGCUUUGGCUGAUGUGCCAUCCAGCCCCUAUGGAGUGAAGAUUAUAGAGCUGUCACAGACCACAGCCAAGAUUUCCUUCAACAAGCCGGAUUCCCAUGGGGGUGUGCCUAUCCAUCACUAUCAAGUGGAUGUCAAAGAAGUGGCGUCAGAAACCUGGAAAAUCAUCCGCUCCCAUGGAGUUCAAA